UUCUCCUCUCCUCUCUAGUAAAGAGGAGAGCGUCUGCCGGAGCUGUCAGGCCCGUCCGAGUGGCCGCCCGACCCGCCUCCGUUGCCGUCUGGUUGUCUUUCUUUGUCUCGGUCGCCAGGGGCUGGCAGUUUAACCCCCGCCUCCUCACAGGCCCAGCGAAACGGGAAGCUGCCGUGGGAAAAGAGGAAGAGAGCAGGACCACUGCUUAGGAACUCUAUUUUGAGACUCUCUCAAAACGAAAAAAAAUCAUGGAGAAGAAUGGAAACAACCGAAAACUCCGAGUUUGUGUUGCCACUUGCAACCGUGCUGAUUACUCAAAACUUGCCCCUAUCAUGUUUGGCAUUAAGGCAGAGCCUCAAUUUUUCGAACUUGAUGUGGUAGUACUUGGAUCUCACCUAAUAGAUGACUAUGGAAACACAUAUCGUAUGAUUGAACAAGAUGAUUUUGACAUUAAUACAAGGCUACACACCAUAGUUAGGGGUGAAGAUGAAGCAGCCAUGGUGGAGUCAGUAGGUCUUGCAUUAGUAAAGCUACCAGAUGUUCUUAAUCGUCUGAAACCUGACAUAAUGAUUGUUCACGGUGAUAGAUUUGAUGCACUGGCUGUGGCCACAUCUGCUGCCUUGAUGAAUAUUCGUAUUCUUCAUAUUGAAGGUGGAGAAGUAAGUGGGACCAUAGAUGACUCUAUUAGACAUGCUAUAACCAAACUGGCUCAUUAUCACGUAUGCUGCACCAGAAAUGCAGAACAACAUCUGAUAUCUAUGUGUGAAGACCAUGAUCGCAUCCUUUUGGCAGGCUGCCCCUCAUAUGAUAAACUCCUUUCAGCCAAGAAUAAAGACUACAUGAGCAUUAUUCGGAUGUGGUUAGGUGAUGAUGUAAAACCAAAAGAUUACAUAGUAGCACUACAGCAUCCUGUGACUACUGACAUUAAACAUUCUAUAAAAAUGUUUGAAUUAACUUUGGAUGCACUUAUAUCAUUUAACAAAAGGACGCUAAUUCUAUUUCCAAAUAUUGAUGCAGGGAGCAAAGAGAUGGUUCGAGUGAUGAGGAAGAAGGGUGUUGAACAUCACCCCAAUUUCCGAGCAGUUAAACAUGUACCAUUUGACCAAUUCAUACAACUUGUAGCUCAUGCUGGAUGUAUGAUUGGCAAUAGCAGUUGUGGGGUACGAGAAGUGGGAGCAUUUGGUACUCCUGUAAUCAACCUAGGAACACGACAGAUUGGAAGAGAAACAGGUGAAAAUGUUCUUCAUGUUCGGGAUGCUGAUACUCAAGAUAAAAUACUGCAAGCUCUGCACCUCCAGUUUGGCAAACAGUAUCCUUGUUCAAAGAUAUAUGGGGAUGGGAAUGCUGUUCCGAGGAUUUUGAAGUUUCUCAAAUCUAUUGAUCUCCAAGAACCACUACAAAAGAAGUUCUGCUUUCCCCCUGUAAAGGAGAACAUCUCUAAAGACAUUGAUCAUAUUCUUGAAACCCAAAGUGCCUUGGCUGUUGAUCUAGGUGGAACAAACCUUCGAGUUGCAAUAGUCAGUAUGAAGGGUGAAGUAGUUAAGAAGUACACUCAGUCCAAUCCUAAAACCUAUGAAGAAAGAAUUAAAGUAAUUCUACAGAUGUGUGUGGAGGCUGCAGCAGAAGCUGUAAAACUAAACUGCAGAAUUUUGGGAGUGGGUAUUUCCACAGGUGGACGUGUAAAUCCUCGUGAAGGAAUUGUGCUACAUUCUACCAAACUUAUUCAAGAAUGGAGUUCUGUGGAUCUGAGGACGCCGAUCUCUGAUACAUUGCAUCUCCCUGUCUGGGUUGACAAUGAUGGAAAUUGUGCUGCCUUGGCAGAAAGAAAAUUUGGUCAAGGAAAAGGACUGGAAAACUUUGUGACACUUAUCACGGGCACAGGAAUCGGUGGUGGCAUCAUUCAUCAGCAUGAACUGAUACACGGCAGUUCUUUCUGCGCUGCUGAGCUUGGACACCUCGUGGUGUCUUUGGAUGGACCUGAUUGUUCAUGUGGCAGUCACGGGUGCAUCGAGGCCUUUGCUUCUGGGAUGGCCUUACAAAGAGAAGCCAAGAAACUACAUGAUGAAGAUCUUCUCUUAGUGGAAGGAAUGUCAAUGAAAAAAGAAGAAACCGUUGGUGCUCUUCAUCUCAUUCAGGCAGCUAAGCUUGGCAAUGCAAAAGCUGCUAGUAUUCUUAGAACAGCAGGGACAGCUUUGGGCCUUGGUGUUGUGAAUAUCCUUCACACGAUGAAUCCUUCCCUUGUGAUCCUCUCUGGAGUCCUAGCAAGUCAUUACAUUAAUAUUGUUAAGGAUGUGAUCCGACAACAAGCCUUGUUCUCAGUUCAAACCGUGGAUGUUGUUGUUUCAGACUUAGUGGAUCCUGCCUUGCUUGGUGCUGCAAGUAUGGUGUUAGAUUAUACUACACGGAGAGUACAGUGAUGGACUUAGAGAUACAUUAUUGUAGAAAGUUCUUAAAAUGUAAUAUAGUCUAUCGUUUGUCUUUUUAAAGUAAAAUUUUAAGUGCACACUUUUAGCUACAAGUAGUUUUGGCAUACAAAUGUGUACUUUUGUUUCUUUGGAUAGCCUUCUAUUUCACGUCUGCAUUUACUUUCCAUGUUUUUAUAGAUGCUAGACCUCAGAAUAUCCAGAAACCAGUCGCCUUUCUCUGUGCCAAAGAAAGAAGCAUAAUAGAUUUGGACUUUGUUACAUCAUAGUCCAUCAUGUGUCUUUAAAAAAAAAGGUUCCAAAUCUUGAUAUUGUAGAAUAGAUGUAGGUAACACUACUUUUCAGGCCUGCUAUCCUUUUAUACUUUAGCAGAAUAAAAUCUUGCUUAAGUCUUUUUUGGGGGGCGGGGGGGGGGCAGGCAAUGAAGGUUAAGUGACUUGCCCAGGGUUACACAGCUAGUAAGUGUCAAGUGUCUGAAGCCGGAUUUGAACUCAGGUCCUCCUGAAUCCAGGCUUCCUUGCUUAAGUCUUAAGCAAUUCUGAAUCAACAAAUCUCUUCUUCCAGAUCUACAUGCUCUGCCUUCUAAUGUUUUUUCAUUUUGUUUUUCAAUUACAUUCAUUUACUUUCCUUUGUCCUCAUGUAAAAGGAAAAACAAAAAAAACAAAGAUGCAUAGUCAAGCAAAACAAGGUCAUUUUGAAUAAUUCUUCCUUUUACUGAUUUUUAAAAUUAUUAAUUAUUAAUGGUUUGGUUUUGUUGUAUUUUUAAAUGAAAUGAAGUUGCAAGAAACAUGGUAAAUAUCAAUUUGUGCGAUUGUGACAGUUAACUGUAUAUGAAGAAUGUUACUUAAAUAAGGUCUGAAGGGAAAACAGCCUCACCUUUCCUAGCUCACAGUGGACACAACAAAGAGGCGCUGCUUACGAAGCCUGAGAAUUAAGUCCUGAUUUGCCUCAAUUUUGGGACUUCUUUACCUCUAUCUCGGGUGCGGCCAUAUCAAGUAAAUGAAACUGCAUAUAUCAGAUUGUAAACUUUGUGAAAUCAUGAAUCUCAGUGGCUCAUUUAAGUCACACCUUUAAUAGUUGAAACUUGAAGAAAUCAGAUCUCAAUCCACCCAUGUGAUGGUACUUACAUUUCCACAGGACUUUGAAACCAAAUUCAAAUAUGAGUAGGAAUCAGUUUUAUCCUGUGGCUCUGUUAUUUUGUGGUGCACUGAAGUUGUCUGAAAGGGACAGGUAUCGAUGAAAGGUUUUGCUAAACAAACUUUCUUUGUAUAAAAUCCCCCACACCCUCGUUUAUAUAUUUGCCAAAAACCCUAGAUUGCUUUUAUCGAGAUGUCACAUCAAUUCGGGGGCUCCUCUUGACUUUUGUAGCCCUGGAAUAUGAUGAUAUCUUUACUUGGAUGAACACAGUUAUCUUACAUUUACAUCUGAGAUACAUCUGUACAAGAGGUAAAUAAUUUAGUGAACUAGAUAAUCCACAAAUCAGUUGCAAGGUUUUAAAUGAAUUGUGGUUGGGGCAGCUAGGUGGCGCAGUGGAUGGAGCACUGGCACUGGAGUCAGGAAGACCUGAGUUCAAAUUUGGCCUCAGACACUUGACACUUAACUAGCUGUGUGAUCCUGGGCAAGUCACUCAACCCCCAUUGCUUCACCCCCCCCAAGAAACAAAAAAAAAUGCAUUGUGGUUGUCAUAUGGUAGGUUUACCUUCUUAAUAAUUUUUCAUUUGAUUGACAUUCCCUGAGUAUACACUGGCUAGGUAACAAGGAGACAUGGCCCACAACCGACUGUUAACUGAGUGUUAAGUCAAAGUAACUCUAACUACAGAUAAUUGAGAAUCAACGAUCCCUAAGUUAACUGUAGAGGUUAAGAAACCAUUUUGCUUUCUUAUCCCUAUAUAUACUUACAUACAAAGAGUCUUUGAGACACAGGGAUUUUAGACGACUAUGUUAAAGAGCUAUGGCAACUCUGUCUUCAUUUCUUUAUGAACAGCCAAAAAUAAUCAGAAUGAUAAUUACUGGGACCCAGAGGAUGCCUACUUACCAGGGGCCAGGACUAUAGAGAGAGCACCUUGGCUUGAAAUGGCUUUUCAUACCCCUCAUUCCAAAGUUUGUAGGGAAUAAACACAUAUCUGCAUAUCCAAAGAAUAGGUGAUAUUCUGGCACUGUUGUGUGUCUGUCUUCUGAGGUAGAAUGAUUGGUAACAUUGUCUUUAAAAAAUUAAGGUGGGUCUUUGUGUGUAUGUUACACCUAAAUGUAAUUAAUUAGCAGGUUCAUGAAUCAGAGUUUGGAUUAGUUUAAUCCCUAAACUCUGCUGAUAGUGAUAAAUGUCUAUCUACUGACUGUUCUAAGUCCCUGUGUGAAGAGAGCCUGGUGCUGGGCCUCAGGAAGAUAGACAGCUCAGGUCAGACACAAUACUGUCUCAUAGGGGAAUAAGAUAAACAUUCAUAAUUAUGAAUGUAUUAGAGAAUUACAUUAAGUACAAUGGGAACGUGGGCUGAUAAAUUUGAAUGAAACAAGCAUUUAAGAUUAACGAUGUUUUCUUCAAAACAGAACAUCUGGGUUGAAACAAAUGAUUGACUUAAAAGGGUAGAAACCUAAUUCUCAUUCUUGAAUCCAGUGAUGUUUCCUUCUUGUGGAAAUCAGGCAGAUUUUAAGUAUAACACAUACAUAAAAACAGGUAUUUGCAUUUUAAUCAGUUCCUUUUUGUAAGUGCAAACUUUUAUCAAAUUAUGUUUAUUUCAAGUUUAGGAAAACCUUAGUGUAUUUAAACCGAUCAGUUCUAUGUUUUCUGUAGUAAAUUAAGAUAAUCUCUCCCUUUUAAACUUGUUGCUUUUUUGUAUUUAACAUAAUAUGUAUUUAGGUGAUCUUAGCUCAGUGGUACCUUGAGAAAUAAUUAAGUCUUAUUUUUAUGACAUUCCAUGGUGACUCUGUCCUGGGAAUGGAGACUCAGCAGUGACACCAUUUCUGUAAAACAUGAGCAGUCUCUAUCUGCUGUCUACACCAAAUGAUUAGGUCUAAUUUAAUCAUUCAAGCAUUUAUUAAGUGCUUCUUAUGUGCCAAAUAUAGUUGACAGAUAAACAAUGAAUUCAAGUGAUUCUGAGUAGUGAGUGUUCUUAUGCAUAUAUGUACAUUAAUUCUGAUCAUUUUAAUUUAUUCUUAAAUUUCAUUAUUUAAAAAUAUCUGUACAAUGCAUUUAAUUUAUUUUAAUAUGAACAGUUUUGUUUCAGUGGG